AUCUCCAUUGGGCGAAUGCUUUCAAAUGUUUUUAGGUAUCAGGCGUUUAUACACAAAUGGCAGAUUACUACAGCCAAGAUUACGGGUCAUCAAUGGACUACAAUAACAUGGAGACUGGUUACGGAUCUGCUGCUCAGUCUGCCGCGAUGGGUAAUGGGGAAUAUGGACAAUUUUCUUAUGACCAUAUAAGAGAUGAGGAGGAUUACCAAGCAAUUCCUCGCCCCGAAAAGCGAGUAUCAUCGCCUCAAGCUAAAUACGACUCUGGAAAUGACGAUCGAAUUCGCAGUAAAAAACGUGAGCGGAGAAAGUCGCGCAGUCGUAGCCGUGAUCGUCGACGUCACAGCAGGGAUCGACAUCGAGACCAUAGUAGAGAACGUAAAUCUAGAAGACAUCAUUCACGUCAUCGAUCAGCUUCCAGUCCUACGUUAGUAUAUAAGUAUUGGGAUGUUCCGCCCCCAGGGUUUGAGCACGUCACUCCUGCACAGUACAAAGCACUUCAAGCAUCAGGUCAAAUACCGGUCAAUGUAUACGCUGCAGGGCAAGUACCAAUGCCAGUUCAUGCGCCGAAUGCUCCUUUAACACUUACAACUAAUGUCCCGUUUGCCGGCAGUGCUGUUUGCAGACAAGCACGCCGGUUAUAUGUCGGUAACAUACCAUUCACAGCAACAGAGGAGAAUAUGAUGGAAUUCUUUAAUAAACAAAUGCGUGCACAAGGUUUGAUUCAAGCGGAAGGCAACCCCAUAAUUGCCGUUCAAAUAAAUAUGGAGAAGAAUUUUGCUUUCUUGGAAUUUCGUUCUGUCGACGAGACAACCCAAGGUCUUGCGUUGGAUGGUGUUUUGUUUCAGAAUCAAGCUUUGAAGCUUCGCCGACCACGCGAUUAUGCUCCUUUACCAGGUGUUUCGGAACAACCUUCAGUCAUUGUUCCAGGUGUUGUUAGUACGGUUGUCCAAGAUUCUCCUCAUAAAAUAUUCGUGGGUGGUCUUCCCAACUAUUUAAAUGAAGACCAAGUGAAGGAAUUACUUCUAAGCUUCGGCCCAUUAAAAGGAUUUAAUCUUGUUAAAGAUGGUUCUACCGGCUUAUCGAAAGGCUAUGCCUUCUGCGAAUAUGUUGACGCAAAUGUUACGGAUCAUGCGUGUGCUGGUUUGAAUGGCAUGCAGUUGGGUGACAAAAAACUUAUUGUGCAGCGAGCAAGUGUAGGAGCGAAGCAUACUACAGGUGUUCUUCCCCAAACUUUGCUAUCGCUACCCGGAUUGGAAGAUGGCACUGUCCAAAACACGACCGGUUCAGGUAAUAUAACAAUUCGUAGUGGUGGGCCGCCUACCGAAGUACUAUGUUUGAUGAAUAUGAUCGAAACUUCGGAACUAGAAGAUGAUGAAGAGUACGAAGAUAUAGUUGAGGAUGUUCGUGCAGAAUGUAGCAAAUAUGGUGUUGUUCGUAGUCUAGAAAUUCCUCGACCGAUCCCCGGGGUUGAAGUUCCAGGAGUAGGAAAAAUAUAUGUUGAAUUCGCAAGUCUGAUCGACUGUCAAAAAGCUGCCACUGCUCUAACAGGACGAAAAUUCAACCAACGACUUGUGGUGACGUCUUUCUUCAGUCCUGAUAAUUACCAUCGCAGGGAGUUUUGAAUCUGACUGUUUUAAGAUGUAUAUAUAAUACAAUUUUAAUGAUUUUAUUAGGUUAAUCAUCGAUAUUUUAUGAUAUUUGUGUUGUUUUACCGGGAUAGUCGUGCGUACUUUGGGAAUUAAGUUUGUACCACAACGAAUGUUCGCUCAUUAAAUCCAUUAGUUUUUUAUUCUUACUUGCUCUUUGGAUCUGUAAUUAUGUUCAUAGAAACUUGUGCCAAGCUAGAUUUUCUUUACGUAGCGAGAUUACGCGUAAUGACUGCGAAGUCGGUACUAAAAUACUGAUUUAAUGCAACAUCUUGACAUCCAUCGGUUCGUGGCGUCAUUAGUUUACCGGGUGUUUUCUUGAUUUAGAGCAAAGGUAUCAAUGUGGAGGAUUGAGUUCAUCCAACAUUAGUUUCAGCCUGGUCUCUUCAAAUCGAUGACGUUGCUGUCGCUUGACAGGCAAAAGGUCACUCAACCUAAGUAGGUGUGUUUAUUAUUGAGAUUUAGAAGUUUGUACCAUGCUCUGGUUUUAGAGAAGUUGAAUGUAAAGUUAGGCAGAAUUUUGUGAUUUGUUAAUCCAAAAAAUUAGGACCUAUUUAAAUAGUUAAACCGUUCUCCGAAUACUUGAUUCGGGGUUGUACCGCGGACUAAUUUUUCCUAGCGAAAACGUAUAUAUUGACUUGAAAGUUCACUGUUUGGAUAAGCUAUAAACCGAAGGUGUCGUAUGACACUAACCUGAGAUUGCACACCGCUCCGCAAUUUGAUCUCAACGAAUGCACUGGUGCUCACUGUCGUCGAAUUUAGGUAACGGUUGAUGUUUGUGUAGUCUCCGGAAAUCUAGACUAGUAGUGCUCAAUGGGGUCGUUGACCAUCCCGUCUGGUUGUUCGUGAUGAUCAAAACAUGAGUACCGAGGACUUAUGGGUAGGUCUAUGUUCUCUGAACUGAAUGGUUUGGUCAUUGAGCUGUCACAGUGGUCUGGGCCAGUUUCAGACAGUAGCGUUUCCUCCAUAUUUGACUCAGGUUGUCUGGUCCUAAAUAAGGUUAAGCACCUUUCCUACCAGGUGUGUGUACUGAUGUUAAGAGGGACAAAAAACACUCAGUACCUAAACCAUUCAGCCCGGAAGAAAAAUCUUCAUCUCUAAAUCGUGCACACGCCUGUGUACUGAUCAGAAAUUAGCAGACAAAUAGUCGGGGUUGCAUAUUCGGAAGAUUUGAUGGUGCGCAUCAACGUGAUCGCUUUACAAUCAACCAAGGUAAUAAUGGCAGACAAGCGACCAUUAUGUUCGUUUUGCGAGGUUACACGAUAACGUCGCUGACGUUUCACAGUUCCUAAAACGAGGGGUCUGUGACAAGGAUAGGAAUUCUAAAGAUAGUGAUGACCAGGAUUAUCAGCUGUUCAACUCCUGGGCGUGAGGUCUAGAAGUUGACGUGUAAUAUUCGGUUUUGUGGGUGGAACGCUAUAUGAUCCGUAAUUGCUUCGUGACCACUUGCCUGGGCACACGUUUGAUUUACUCGCUUCGGCCGUGCAUGUUCUGUUUGGCCCUCACCUGAACAGUAUAAACACUGAGUAGCUCAGGAAGGCUGGGACCUUGUUGCCGUGCUGCAAAUCCAUUUGACCAGUCACAUGGGCUCGCUCUGUAUGGAUGCACGUUCGUGUAUCAUCAAAGCGUUGUUUUCCCGUCUACAACCUAUGAAUAGUUUGCAAAUCACUAGUCAAGAAGUGUUUGUUUGCAGUUGAAAUCUAGGGUAUAUGCCACAUUGGUGUAUUAAUAAGGGGUUAAGUUCAAGCUAGAGUAUGUCUUUACAGUAAUCUGCCUAAAUGCACGGACUGAAUCGGUAGUUUUCCAGCAGACACUUGUAAGAACGGUGUGCUUAAAUUUGGAGCACGAGAUUCGCAAACGGUUUCUAAUGCUAUUCGUGAGGGUUGUUGGAAAUAGGCAUGCAGUGGCAUUGUAGUACAUCAGUAAGAAGUCAAGUGAGUGUGAACCAAAGGCUUAAGUCAGAUAAAUAAAUAUUAUUGCGUAACAAUACAUAUAUUUACAUGUGUAG